AUGUACCGUAAACGAUGGAAACGACGUAAUCCCUGGGUCAAUUGGAAGAAGAACUCAGCCAGAGGAGCUAGAGCCAAAGAUAAUGGUACAAAGACGGCUCCUGUGGUUCAGAACAUUCGAAAAAUUGGCGUGAAUGAUGGAUCUUUCACAGAUUCCGCGUCUGAGACUUAUUAUCAAUGGGAGUCAACUCAUCCAUUAUAUGAGGCCAAAGGAAGGUCUGCUGGAUUCAAGAAACGAGGUGUGCCAUCUUUGAAAUUUAUAUCCAGUAACGUGAUUGCAGAAAAUGCUGGCGAUUUGAACAGUCACGUUUUAUCUUCAUUAUCUGCACCUUGUUUAAAGAUCCUUUGGAAUAACGUUUUAGCCUGUAAUAACGACAGUUUUUCCAUAUUCAAUUCCUUUGCUGCAGUUAUGUUUGGAAAUGGGUCCUUCAGAUGUCAUUUACCUUCGAUGGAAUCCAAAGUACCUCAAAUCGACAUACGACAGAAUUAUUUACGAGAAUGUUUGAUACCUAAUAAUCUAACUCAUCGGAUUGAGAAUCUUUUCAAUAACAUCAGAUACCACGAUUUUACCUAUUAUCUCAAUCAUCUUACCUAUGAUAACGAGGUGGUGUUAAAUGUCUCCCAACUAUCAUUAUCAAGAGAAGAUCUAUUGAUGCUUUUCAAAAUCAGAAAUCUUGUAGGUCUCGAUUUAUCCAAUCAGAACCUUGACGAUAGCAUUUUACAUUACCUCACAAUAUCUAUACGGGAUGGGAUGCUACCACGGUUAAAAAUACUCAAUUUGACUAAUUGUAAGAACUUAUCUAAAGCAGCCAUUGAUGAAAUGAUUUUGGCUGCGAAAAAUAGUUCUCUUUCGGUGAUAAUCGCCGAUGAUUUAUGGAGACCUCAAUUCCAUGAAUCGUUACAUUCUCUGGCCCUUACCGGGUAUCAGAUCCAGGGAACUAAUUGGAUAUCAUAUAAUGAUUUGUGGGAACACAAGAAGCCCAUUUUGAAGUUUUCAAUGGCCCUAGCUUUGUACUAUAUCUCCAAGAACCUUGACGUCCUGACAUCCUCCCCAAGAAUUCUUAUAGAUAUAAUGAUCCACAAUCACAAAUUCGAACCCAAUUUGGCCAAUCAUCUUUUGGACCAAGUCCACCUAAACAGAGUUAAUGAUCGCUUCCAGCUUCCCUUGAAUGCUACUGUGCUUAUGGUUGAUAAAUCACGAGAUUUCAAACCUUUGAUAGAUCAACCGAAAUCCACCCAACCUGACGCCAUUUUCACACGGAAAGUCACCAAGAAGAAACCAGUCCAAAAAAGGACUACGAUAAAGAGAAAGAAGAUGACUAUAAAUGAUAUUAUGUAA